UCUUAGUACUCGCCGUAGCCUCCUACCAACCAGAGUUGUAUUUGCUACUGUAUAAAAGUGAUUGUAUCAUUAGACGUGAGUCGUAUUGAGAUGAACAUUUUUGAAAGAAAUCAACGUUGAUAAGAACGAUCUUAGAUAUACUUAAAUAUAUAUAUAUGUAUAUAUAUCAGCCGGCUGAGAGGUGUAUCAGCAGUCUUGGGGAAGAGUGUGGGUGGGUGAUGCAGCCGUUCUCGGGCUGGUGUUACUAUGGUUUCACCAGUGACCAGAAAUAUAUAGUUACUAUAGCCAAUUACUGAAUAAUUGGCUCACCACAGAUCCGUCGGACUUCCUGAUCAGAGAUGACGAUGGGCGAGUUCUGGAGGCGUCACGUGUCGCCAUAUUGGAAGUCCCUGGUGGUGCUCCUGGUCCCCAUCCUCCUGCUGCCCUUCCCUCUGAUCUACCACACUGACGCGGCGAGAUGCGGGUACGUCAUUGUGAUAAUGGCGGUGUACUGGAUGACGGAGGCCUUGCCGCUGGCCAUCACCGCUCUCAUCCCCGUCUUCGCCUUCCCCCUGCUUGGUGUCAUCUCCACCGGCGACAUCUGCAUCGUCUACAUGAAGGAGACCAACAUGAUGUUCCUGGGCGGCCUCACAGUCGCCAUCGCCGUCGAGCACUGUAAUCUGCACAGACGAAUCGCGCUAAGAGUCAUCCUCCUGCUGGGUCAAUCACCACGCAGGCUGAUGGCGGGGUUCAUGUUGACAACAAUGUUCUUAUCCAUGUGGAUUUCCAACACAGCCACCACAGCCAUGAUGGUGCCCAUAGUGGACGCCAUCUUGGUGGAGUUGUAUGCGGGACAGAGUGAUGAAGACGAGACUGAUAAAGAAUUCAUGGACCUCAGCGUGUAUCCUCCUCACCAGAGCCAGAUGGAGCUGGCUCCUUCUGUCCAAAAGCGGGACCCCAGACUUAGUGAGGACAAGGAAGACGAGACUGCUUGGCACCAACGUGCUCAUACGAUUCCUGAGGAGGAACUGGACGGUAAAGCGACCAUGACUAGAGUGCCUUUUCCUGUCAGUAGUGCCAGACGAGCGAGCAGUGCCCAUGGACCAGACGCGACUGAGGCGGACACACUCUACAAGGAUACUAAGGUGGUGCUCUUGAUGUCAGUGAUGUAUGCUGCAGACCUCGGUGGCACUGGCAUCAUUACAGGCAGUGGCACUAACAUGGUUCUUAAGGGAUUGUUGCAGGACUCGUACAGCGAACCAACGGGUCUUAACUUUCUCUCGUGGAUGUUGUUCAACGUUCCCGGCAUGUUGAUCUGUGUGGUCUUGGCCUGGCUGUGGCUGCAGCUCUACUUCUCAGGAAUGUUGUGUGGCCAAAGGAAGAAAAUGAUCCAAAAUCCAUCAGAGGAGCGACAGAAGGCGGUGAAGCAGCUGAUAUUAGCCAAGUACCGCGAGCUGGGACUCAUCACCUUCCAGGAGGUUGUAGUGCUGACCCUCUUCAUCAUUCUUGUUCUGCUGUGGCUCUUCAGGGCUCCAGAGUUCAUCCCUGGAUGGGCAAAGUGGUUUGAAGAUGCUUUUGGAGUGGAGGUGGAUGAUGCAACGCCUGCAAUGUUCAUAGUCUUCCUGUUGUUUGCUCUGCCUGCGAACCUCAACUUCUGGUGCUUUAGCAAACCAGAUGAGCCCAAGCGCUUGGACAACAACUCCUGCCUGACGUGGAAAGUUGUGCAGGAGAAGAUCCCUUGGGGCGUGGUCCUCCUGCUGGGCGGAGGCUUUGCCAUGGCUGAGGGCGCUAAGGUGUCCGGUUUAUCCCAGUGGAUGGGAGAGUCGCUAAAAGGUUUAAAUGGUUUACACAGUGUGUACAUCGUGAUGAUUGUAACUUUCUCAACUGCCAUGCUAACAGAAGUUGCCUCCAACACUGCCACAGCUUCUAUACUGCUUCCAGUUCUGAAUGAGUUGGCAUUAAACAUACAGGUAAAUCCAAUCUAUCUGAUGCUACCAGCUACUAUAUGCUGUUCCUAUGCUUUCAUGCUGCCAGUUGCUACUCCCCCUAAUGCCAUAGUGUUUGGGGCAGCAAACAUGAAGACUACGCAGAUGAUGUAUGCGGGUAUAGUGAUGAACAUUAUCUGCAUCAUUGUAAUCAACGUGAUGAUCAACACUUUGGGCGUGUACAUGUUUGAUCUCAACACUAUGCCUUCAUGGACCAACUCAACAACUUUACUGUAGUGACGGUAUUGACCCCAUAGUUAUAAUAGACUCCCUUUGUAGUUGUACGUGUUGCAACGGCUCAAGGGAUAGGGACCACAUACAAUAGUUAUAAUAGACUUUUAUAGUUGCAUGUGUCACAACUGCUUAAGGAAUGGAGACUACAAAAUUAUGAAUUUAUAAGUUGAGUCAAAACAAUUUAAAACGUUAUAGAUUUUGAGAGCUAGCAAUUUUAGAUUAAUGACUUGAUUGACGUUUUACAUAAUUAUUUUAAUACAAAAUUUAUAAAAAGUUGUUAAAGAAUUUGGAAAUUUUAAAUGAUAUAUUUAAAUAAUCAUAUUAUAUAUAUACUGUAGCUCAUUACUACUACUCUCUCUACCUAAUCUAUGGCUAAAUUUCUGGCAGCAAGUGUUCGUUGAGAAAAUUCCCUCCAAGAAAUCUUUGACAAGUGAGCCACCAAACAUCAGUCUCUUGAUAUCUUGUUUGAAGAUGUCUUAUGUUGUUAUCUUGAGGCCAUGAGGCCUUACCCAUGCAGAUGGUGCUGGUAUUCCACCUGCAGGUGGUAGGGGCGUUUCCCCGCAGAUGGUGAGGGAGUUCCCCUGCAGAUGGUGGGGAAGUUCCCCUGCAGGUGGUGGGGGCAUUCCCUGCAGGUGGUGGGGGCGUUUCCCUCCAGGUAGUGUUGCCUACCUGGAGGGAAGCGUAGGUUGGGGGGGGGAGGUGUUCCCCUCAAGGUGAGCUUAAAUAUUAAUUUUCAAGUCAAAAUUUUACCAAAAUAAAAUUAUGUUAAAACAACCUGGGAAUGUUUUGUUUUUAUGAUAUAUAUAUAUAUAUAUAUAUAUAUAUAU